AUGUCAUACAGUACCUCACUUGAAUCAUUGGGAGAUUCACAAUCACCACCAAAAGAUGGAGAAGAGUGUUUAAAUAUAUUGAAUCCUAUCAUUGAUUUAAAUGCAAAUACUAAUGAAGAACCACUAACAAAUGAAUCAACUCCGACAAAUGAAGUUGUGAAUGAAGAAAAUAUUGAGAACAGUGACAUUGUUAUUCAAAAGUCCAAGAGGAAGAAAACUUCUCUAGUUUGGGAUCACUUCAAAAAAGUGGAAUUAAAGAAUGGAAAAAAUGGCAAUGUAUACACUCCAGCAAAAAGCAAGAUUGAUGAGAAGCUUUCUGGACCACUACUAAUGAAUUCAGGAGGUAAAUAUGACCAUGAAAGACAACGAGAAGCCACCACACAUUGGAUUAUGAUGCAUGAACAUGCAUUUAGUAUUGUUGAGGAAGAAGGUUUUCAUUUUAUGAUGAAGUGUUCUAAUAUUUCAUAUGAGAAAAUUAGUCAGAAGACAUUGAAGAAUGAUUGUAUUGCUGUUUAUGAAGCUGAAAGAAAAAAGUUGAAGUCUACUUUAAGGACAGUAAAUAAGAUUUGUUUGACCACUGAUUUAUGGAAGUCACAAAAUCAGAAGAUAGAAUACAUGGUGUUAACUGGCCAUUUCAUUGAUGCUGACUGGGUUUUGCAGAAACGCAUUCUUAGUUUUGUUCAUGUUCCUCCUCCUCGGCGUGGUGUUGAUGUUGCUGAUGCUAUCUUCAAAUGUCUUAAAGAUUGGGGUAUUGAAAAUAAAAUAUUUAGUGUGUCAGUGGAUAAUGCACAUUACAACGAUAGAUGUUUGAAAGAGUUAAAAGUUCUGAUUUUAAGGCACCGGAAAUUAGUGUUAGAUGGAAAGUUAUUUCAUGUGCGUUGUUGUGCGCAUAUAAUAAAUUUGCUUGUUCAAGAUGGUAUUGGGAAAAUAGAAAAAAUAGUUGAAGAUGUGCAUGAAAGUGUGAAGUUCAUUAAUCAGUCUGAAGCAAGGUUGCAAACAUUCUCACAAAUAGUUCAACAACUAAAGCUUGGUGGUAAAAAAUUAAUUUUUGAUUGCCCUACUCGUUGGAACUCCACCUAUCAAAUGUUGUCAGUUGCAAUGCAGUUCAAAGAAGUCUUCCCUCGUUUUCAAGAUCGAGAACCAAGCUAUACAACUCUUCCAGAUGAUGAUGAUUGGGAAAAGGUUGAAAAGGUUUCCAAGUUGCUAGAGGUAUUUAAUGUUGUUACAAAUAUUAUUUCAGGUAGUGAAUAUCCAACUGCUAACUUAUAUCUUGCUGAGGUAUUUCGAAUCAAACUAGUUUUAGAUCAAGCUAUCCAAGAUGAAUAUGAUUUUAUGAAAGAAAUGGAAAAAGCGAUGAAGGGAAAAUUUGACAAAUAUUGGAGCCAAUGUAAUCUUGUUAUGUCGCUUGCUUCUGUUUUGGACCCUAGGACCAAAAUGAUGGGUGUUAACAUGUGUUUUCCCUUAAUUUAUCCGGAAGUUGAAGCUAGAAAAAAUAUAGAAAAUGUGCGUAUCGCGCUUGAUGAUAUGUACAAAGAGUAUGCUGAUAUACUUAGUGAGCAUAGUGAAGAAGGAUCUAGUAGAAGUGGUGUUGAUCAAAAUGGGCUUAUUUUGGAGUCACAAAAAUCCUCAGGGUGGUCAUUGUUAAUGAAUUAUGUCGAAGAAUAA